CAGAGGCGAAUUAUCGCGAUAGUGGGCAACGCUGGUGUGGUUCAGGGUCGUUUUUUUGGUUUUUUGGGGAAAAAGAUUCACGCCUUCGUUGCGCUGCCCACGGUCUUUUGAUUAAAGAGAGGAAAGGCUGCUAAAGGGGGAUUUGUUUGAGCUGUACUUGAGACUGGAUUAAAGGGGUUUGUGGGGGGACUGCGAGAGGGUUUUUUUUUGUGAGACUUUGUUUCGCUGGGAGGAUUAACAGGACCUGCGUGCACCGCCCCGAUCGAAUCCAAUCCUCUCGACCACCACCAUACCCGCUGCCAACCAUGGCGUUCCCCAACGUCACCUCCAGGGACCCGCCAUCCGUCCCAGACUCCCCAGCAGCGAAGCGUCAGAAGACAGCAGGGGGAUACCAAGGCAACGGGUAUAAUUCCGCUGACGACAGUGGCGAUGAUCUCUUCGAGGGGAUCGUGCCGGAGUCGAAGCACUUCACGCAGCCAACGCAGAUUAUCGACACCUCGGCGCCGGGGUUCAAUCUAGCCGGCACCACCAGGGAAGAAGUUCUCGUGCCUGCUUCUUCGCCGUUUGCAGGGAACUCGAGGAGUAGCCCGCCAUCGCAGGUUGCACCGGGGCGCAUUGCGUCGUUGAUGGCGCCCGCGGGAACUGCGUUUAAGGUGCCGAAUGGUGUGCAGAAGGAGCCUACGAAGACGAAGGUCAUUGACCUCGACGAGAACGAUGGGCCGACGUACCAGGGCGGGAGUUCGGAUGACGAGAUCCAGGAUUCGGCGGCGGAUAUUAAGCCGUCUAUCUUUAAGGCGAGGAGCAAGAUUACUUUUGGUAGCCCGUUGGGUUCUAGUGGUCCUAGUUUCAGGGAUCUGAUAUCGACGUUCAAGCCGCCGGUGUCGACGACGGCGAUGUUUGAGAGGGAGGGGUCGGUGAAUGGGAUUAAGCGGAAGACGCCGAUGCAGAGCGGACCGGCGAGGGCGCUGCCGACGGGGACGGAUUAUGGGAUGGAUGAUAUUCAUGAUCUUGUGCUGAAACGGAAAGUCGAGCGGGUCCUGAAAGUCGCUCCCCAGGCCAAGAUCUACCAGAUUGUGGAUUGCAUUAUCAAGUGCCAUGGGAGAGUUGACGAUGCAACUGUUAUGGUCUUCGAUAUUCUGGAUGUCAUUGAAAUCAACUCCGACGACGAUGAGAGCAAGAAGGGUGUUGCGAAACCGAAGGCUCAGCCGGUGGUCGAGGCGGUGGAGCCGCAGAUGAGGCGUCAGCUUAAACAGCCUAUUGCUUCUAUCCAGGAGAGGUAUUCGUCAACGCAGUACCAGAAGAAGGUCCCGCUUGUGCCAGCUUCACCAGUUGCUGUAACGCCCCCGAAGCCGAAGAGGAAGUUGAUGCAGGGGCGUCGAAACCCGGAUCCGUCGUCUCCAAUGGGGCCGCCUGAGCCGUCACCGAAGAAACAGGUCCCGGAGAAAAUACAAGAGGUUGAAGAGAUUAUCCUCUCCGAUGCUGAAGACUACGAUUCUGAUGCUGCGUCGGAGGAGGAGGAUAACCCUGAGCUGGAAGGUCGCGUCCUGAGCUUCUUGAACAAGUGCAGCAAGGGGGACCUCAUCGAUUUGGCAAAUAUCAAGCCCGACGUCGCGGAAUUCUUCCUAUCAAAGCGUCCGUUUGGGAACUUGGAUAGUGCUAGGGAAGUUUCCAAUGCAAAGGAAACGAAGACCGGAAAGCAAAGCGCUAGGGCUCCUAUUGGUGAUCGAAUUGUCGACACCUCGAUGAGCAUGAUGUCUGGAUACGAAGCUGUCGAUGCGCUUGUUGCUACGUGCUCGGAACUGGGCAAGCCCCUUACUGAGGAGAUGACUAGAUGGGGCUUUGAUGUCAAUGGUGCUGCGAAGGGAGGUGAACUAGAAAUGGUCUCGCUGGAGGAGGAUCUCCAUGACUCGGGUCUGGGGACACCGAGCAGCAAGUCGACGUCGGAAGUUGGUGAUGACGACGUUAGGGCCGUGUCGAAGAAGGGGAAGAAUAAGUUCCUGAAGAAGCCGGAGAAGAUGGCUAGUACUCUUGUCUUGAAGGACUACCAGCUUGUGGGUUUGAAUUGGUUGGCGCUUCUGUACAAGUACAAGCUGAGUUGUAUUUUGGCAGACGAUAUGGGGCUGGGGAAAACCUGCCAGGUCAUCGCCUUUUUGUCACAUCUUGCUGAGACCGGGGAGACUGGCCCCCAUCUGGUCAUCGUCCCACCGUCAACGCUGGAGAACUGGCUGCGAGAAUUUGCAAACUUCGCACCCGAGCUGGUUGUCGAGCCUUACUAUGGCAGCCAAAAAGAGCGCCAGGAUAUCGCAGAACGCAUCCUUGAUGCUCGUGAUGAAGUCAAUGUCGUUGUCUCCACAUACGAGUUUGCUGCCAAAAAAGAGGACAACAAAUUCAUGCGGAGGUUGAAGCCGAAUGCAUGUGUUUACGACGAGGGCCACGUUUUGAAGAAUCCAAAGUCUUUGAAGUACCAGGGGUUGAUCAAGAUUCCAGCCCAGUUCAGGCUCCUGCUCACCGGCACGCCGUUACAGAACAACCUUAUGGAGCUUGCAGCUUUGCUCGGCUUUAUCCUACCAGAUAUUUUCCGCGAGCGUCAAGAAGAUCUAGAGUUCAUCUUCAAACACAAAGCAUCCACCCGCGACUCAGACCACGCGGCACUUCUCUCAGCCCAGCGAAUCACCCGCGCCAAAUCGAUGCUUACCCCCUUCGUCCUCCGGCGCAAGAAGGCCCAAGUGCUGAAGCACAUGCCCGCCAAGAUCUGCAAAGUGGAAUACUGCGAAAUGCACUCCUCGCAAGCUGAAAUCUACAACGGACUCCGCGGCCGCGCCCGUGAGCGCGCCCAGCUCCGACUCUCAGGUGGCAAAGUGCCCAAUGAUGGGGAGAACAACCCGCUCAUGCAGCUGCGCAAGGCGGCCAUCCAUCCCAUGCUCUUCCGCCGCCACUUCACCGACGACAAACUCGAGAAGAUGGUAGAUCUACUGAGGAGACACGAGCCGGAUGAGUUCAGCCAGCCGCGAGACAAGAUCUUGAUGGAGAUGAAGCUUCUGCAGGAUUACUACCUACACACCUGGUGUCUACGAUACCCCUGCAUCAAGAAAUUCGACACCCCCGACCUGACCUGGAUGAACAGCGGUAAAGUCGACGCCAUCGUCCGCCUCGUCAAGCAGUACAAAGCGAACGGCGACCGCGUCCUCGUCUUCUCGCAGUUCACGCUGGUGCUUGACAUCAUCGAGGCAGUUUUCCAGACUGAACUCAUCCAGCAUACCCGCUUUGACGGCGCUACAAAGGUCAACGAGAGGCAGACCCUCAUCGAUGACUUCCGCGACGACGAAACUAUCACUGCUUUCCUCCUCAGCACUGGUGCAGGCGGAACAGGCGUCAAUCUGAUGUACGCUAACAAAGUCAUCAUCUUUGACAGCUCCUUCAAUCCUCAGGAUGACAUCCAGGCUGAGAAUCGCGCGCAUCGCGUGGGCCAGACGAGGGAGGUGGAGGUGGUGAGGUUGGUUACCAAGGGCACGAUCGAGGAGCAGAUAUAUGCUCUUGGGCAGAGCAAGUUGGAGCUUGAUAAUAAGGUGUCCGGGGAGGAGGAUAUGGAGAUGAAGGGGGAGCAGAUGGUGGCGAGGAUGCUGUUGCAGGAGGAUGGCCAGGCUACGCCUACUAGUAACGCUGAGGCUUAGACUGCGGUCGGCGUGUUAUGAAGAGAAGGGGGGUUGGUAGAUUUUGGGGUGGGUUAAAGGGGCAUCAUGAGCAAAGCGGGUUGGUUGGUGCCCUCAUGUUCUUGGACGGUUAUGUCUACUGGCUUUAUCCUGAAUGGCUAUAGAUAUAGAUAUAGAUUCAAGCGCUCCUGCAUAGAUACAGAUAAUAGAAGAAUAGAG